AUGGAAACAACCGAGGAAAGACCCGAUAUUCAAAAUGACAAAUAUCAAGCUAUUAUAAAUUGUUUAUCAAAAUGUAAAAUUGAAUAUUUAAAUGAAAAGGACGAAAAUAAAAAACUGAGUGAAAUAACUACUAAAUUGGAAAUUGAAUUAAAAGAAACACGCGAAUUGGAAAAGUCGCAUCGAUACCACUUAUUAGCUUCUCGCGAAAUGAUAGGAAACCUUCAGGAAACUGUCUCACAGUUAGUGUAUCUGAAGAGAGAUAUAAAAAAAUUAAAAGACGAAUUAUCGUCUAAAGACGCUGUUAUUAUUUCUAUGGAGAAAGAUAAAGAGAACAUAUUAUUGAAACACAAUGAAAUGCAGACCGAAUUAAAGGCAGUUCACGAAAAACGAAUCGAAGAACUAACAGCUAUAAACGAGAGAAAAAUUCAACAGGUGCAAUAUGAGUCAGACACACAGGUGGCGCAAUUUUCGUGUGUUAUCGAAGAGCUGAGAAGCAAAAUAAAGGAAAUGGAAACGGAAAAUAGAGACAAAAUGAAUGUGGUAGUGUUGGAGUAUGAAGAAAAACUUCAACGCAGCGUGGCUCAAAUAGCCCAGCUACAAGAACAACAGGCUCGGCAGGCAGCGCGAACAGAAUCUAAUAUGGAUGCAUAUCGCCGGAAAUUGGAAGAUUUGGAGGAAAAGUUCAAACAAAGCCAGUUCAAAGAAUAUUUGGCGCAGAAAACUUACUCUUCACAGUACGAAACCCAAGUUGACCGGCCAUAUUCCGUAGAUAAAGAUCCAUAUCCAACUAUAGAAUUAGAGUCCAGUUUUGAACCUUCAAAAUUUCAAUACACACCUACGGCCAGCCAAAACAAAAAAUCUGCCAAUUCACUUCAAAUUUUAUAUUAUGGAAACAAGCCCCCAAAUGCCAAGAAUUCGGACAAGAAGGGACAGUUUAAUAUUACAAAAAAGAGAAAACUUUAUAAUGAGAAAGAUUUUCAAAAUUUCUAA